AUGUCAAAAUUCAUGGAAAAAAAAUAUUCUAUGCAUCGUCUGCCAACGAAUGUCGAAAAACGACAAAAAUGGAUCAAUAUUGGUAUAGAUUUGGAUUUAACAAAAGUCUAUUUUAUAUGUGAGACACAUUUUGCGAUUGAAAUGUGGGAAAAACCACGAAUUGAUGGUAAAAAAAAACUAAGAAGUACAGCAGUUCCUACCAUUGUUAAACAUAAAACUGAAAAUAACAUAAGAAUAACAAAUCAUGAAAAUCUAUCACAUAAUAUGAUAUUGAAGGAAAUAGAAGAUAUUAAUGAACCAUGUAUCCAAAAUGUAGACGGAAUACAUGAAGAAAUACAUAAAGAUGUGAAAGAGAAAGUAGAAAACUCUAUUUCAGAAGCAGCCAUAUCUGUGUCUUUACCCUUUGAAGCAGUUGACAUAGAAAAAGUUUUAAAAAAAACUGAAGAAACAAAAAUAAAACUAGAGAAAGCUAAUGUUAGUAUUAAUAAAUUAGAUAAGUCGAACAAGAUUCUGCAAAAACGUGUAAAAAGGCUAAUAUGUGAAAAAAGAAACUUAGCUGUAGAAAAUGAAAUUCUGAAACAAAGCAAAAACUUUAGUAAAAUACUAAAUACAGAUCAAAUAAAAGCUCUCAAUUUGCGAUAUGUACGAGGUCACGAAUGGCCCAACAAUACUAUUAAAAAGGCUUUGCGAUUAAGACUAUUGUGUGGUAAUAGCGGUUAUCAGAAAUUGAUAAGUCAAGGCAUUCCAUUACCAUCAGGACGUACACUUAGAAGAAGAUUACAGGAUUUUGAUUUUAAACCUGGAAUUUCCGAUCAAAUAUUUGACAUAUUAAAACAACGAGUAUCACAAAGUACAGAUGAUAGAGAAAAAGAUUGCAUGCUUGCAGUAGAUGAAAUGAGUUUAAUGUCAGGCGAACAAAUCGAUCAAAGUACAAUGUCGUAUAUUGGCCUUUCGACCCUUCCUGAUACAUGUGGUAAUUAUCCAACAUAUCCAAUAUAA